AUGGAGAAAAUAAAAGAGUUGUAUCACUAUCUCCAGGACCCUCACCUCGUCGCCCGCUUUCAGAACGUGUGCGGGGUACGGGGCACGUUUUCGAGCAGCGUGUCUGCUGGCAGUAUGACCGCCAGCAGCAGCCAGGCAGCGGACCGGGGUCACUCGCACAACAACGGCGCUUGUCAUUAUCAUGUCGCCGGGGAGAGUGACAGUGAAAAUAUGUCAGUCUUAGGAGCUGGGGAAGGACAGAAAAUACGAACGACGUCAGCCGGGUUUCGGAAGAGUAUUGCGGGUUCUAACGUUACUAAAAACUUUAAAGAUGAACGUGAAAACCCGUCACAGAACGGGGCAGCGGGGGGAGAGACGGUUGGUGUGGGCUGCAACCCCGCGGGUCAGCACGGCCGCCGCGGGAUUGCGCAGGAUUUAUCAGGGGCAGCCAAUUCGGAGGACGGUGAAGUUGGAAGAGUCUUGGGUCCGCCACGGACCAGCAAGGUGAAGCCUCUCCGCAAAAAUUCUCUAACGGGCGAUGAUGGGCAGGAGUUUCUGAUCGAGAACCGCUUCUUGUACUACCUGUUCACUUUCGGAACCGAGCUGGGCAACGAGACCUUCUAUAUCACGUUCUUCCCAUUCAUUAUGUGGAACGUGGACCCCUUCGUGAGCAGGCGGCUGAUCAUGGUGUGGGUCUGGGUCAUGUACCUGGGACAGUGUACCAAGGAUGUGCUUGGCUGGUCGCGACCGGCUUCCCCGCCUGUGGUCAAGGUGGAGAUGUUUUACAACUCCGAGUACAGCAUGCCGUCCACACACGCCAUGUCGGGCACAGCCAUCCCCUUCGCCCUGUACUUCAUGACCUACGACCGCUGGGAGUACCCAUCCACACUGGGCUUCACCUUGGCUCUUUGUUGGUGUCUGCUGGUCUGUUCCAGCCGAAUCUACAUGGGAAUGCACUCUGUGCUGGAUGUCAUUGCCGGGUUUCUGUACAGCAUCCUCAUCCUGCGCUUCUUCCUGCCCGUCUUGGACCUGAUUGAUGACUUCAACUUGACCUGCCGCUACGCUCCAGUCAUCAUCAUCUCUCUACACCUGGGCCUAGGCCUCUUCUCUUUCACCCUGGACACCUGGAGCACCUCUCGCGGCGACACUGCUCAGAUUCUGGGCACUGGCGCUGGUAUUGCCUUGGGAUCUCAUGUCAACCACUACCUGGGCCUGAUGCCCGACUUCACACCAGACCAGCUUCCCCUCACCAUGCCCGCACUUACUCCCAGCCUGGUGGGUGUUGUAAUGCUGCGGCUUGUUGUGGGAGUGCUGGUGUUGGUGGCCAUGCGGGCGCUGAUGAAAGCCAUCGCUAUUCCACUGGUGUGCAGAGUCUUCAAGGUGCCCACUGAUGACGUGAGGAAGGCCCGGCAGCACAUGGAGGUGGAGCUGCCUUACCGCUACAUUGUCUAUGGCACAGUGGGCUUAAACGUUGUCUUCCUGGUCCCACUACUCUUCAGCUACAUGCAGCUCUCCUGAGUUGGAUGUUACUUGAGUGCCUAGUCAGUCAAACAGUGAAGUGACGGUCCAUAUGCUGUCAUCAGAUCAGUUUUGCUACUUGUUUUCAUCCAUAGCCUAAAGCCUAGCUGGAGGUGGCUUGGUUUGGGACUGUGAAUGUUCAUUAAAGCCUAAACCCUGAUCUGGAUGCAGGGUUUUUAUCAGAAUUUUAGUCAGUUUUUGCCAGCUCAGGUUACUUUUAAAGAGUGAUGAGUCUCGAAGGGAUGGAAAAUCUGGUCAAAUUGGCCUGGACUGUUAUCAGUUCAACUUAUGGCAAGUGAUAUUUCUUUGUUCUUUAGAUUUAUUUAAGAGUAAAAUCCAGUCAAAUGACACUUUCAGAGCUGGACAGUCACUCCUGUAAUUUAAAAAGCAUUUCAACAAAAAAAAUUUCAACAGUGGCCUCUAGAAGACUAAAGCUGUAGCUGAUGACCACUGAUGGAUGAUGUAUGUUAGCAUUGGCAUUGUUAUGAUUGCUGUUAUUAUUAAGAGUUCAGGCAAAGAACCAUAGAAGUAUUUUAUGGAAAACUUCAACUAUCCCAGCAACUCAGUGCUGUGUUAGUGGAUGGUGAAUCUCCGAGAGGCUGUCAGAAAAUGGUGAAAAACAAGUCUUAGUAAGUCUGACUAACUGAAAGCCAAAGAUAUCCAGGCACAAUGAUUAAAAAAAAAUAAAAUAAAAUAGAAAGCUUCCCAAUGGAGAAGCUGCAAUGAGGGGAUGGUUUGGUCUAAAUCCAGAUUAAUUGAUGGCAAAAUUAGUUUGGGUUGUAAAUUGACUGCUCAAUGUAACUAGUUUAAAGAAUGUCAUUGUUUGAGCUCAGCGUCUGUGUUGACACUUUGUGUGGUUCUUUGUCUGGAAGCCUCUUAACCUUAGCGGUAGAUCUUCCUCUCCUUCGUCUCAAUUCUCAAAGCAAUAAGAGACCUGUCAUUUCGUGAUUCCUGUACUGGAUCUGAGGUCAUCCUGAUGCAGAAAGAUUAGUCUUGAACCUUUGAACCCCCUUCCUGUGGAGCGGACAGAACUUUGUGUGAAGUUUUUGAUUUGUUGUUACGUGUUUGAUGUUUGAGAAUUCCGUCACGUUGUUUUUUCAGGAGGUUAAAUCGCUUCUGUUUUCCUAAAGGGCUUUCCCACUGUUUCUGUUCUGAGAUCGACUGCUGUUCCUGCAACCCGAUGGGAAAAAAAACAAAGACCGGGCACAUACUGUAUGAUGCAGAAGGAAAGGAGAAAGCAUCACUUUGUUUGGGAAAUGUACAGAGAGGUUUUAUUAAUUUUAUUUUAUUCUCUUAGAAUGAUUGGAAUCUGGACACUUGGCUCAGGCUUUUAUUUAAACACUGUAAUCUUACUUCCUGUUAGAGAUUGAUGUGUUGGCUCACAUCCACUUCCUGUACUGAGUAAAGGUUCAUUUGCUGGUGUCAGGUGGGAGGAGGUAGUGAAGGUAAAGCAACUGUCAGGAGCGAAGUUGCGUGGCUCGCUGACGGACUACAGGCAUGAACCAACAAGGCCAGAAUCAAUGUUUUCUCCCAUUUGGCAAACCAAGCGAGGCAUUAGUGCCUGAUGAAAAUGUUCUAGGAAAAGGUUAUCAGUUAUUGAACAAAUUCAUGAUAUUUCAUGAAUAAGGUGGAAAAUUUACAGGAAAACAAAUAUUCAAAGACACACAAAUAAUACUGUAUACUGCCACCUUUACAACCUUUGGCCUUAUUCUGGAAAUAUUAAAGCUUAUUUAUUUAUUUUGAAUUUUCACAAUAAAAGGACAACUUCCUUCUAGAAACAUUGGAAUUUUAUUGCGUAAAAUGGAAACUCUAUUUAUAGCUUUUUGUGUACAAUGUGCAAUUUGCACUUUGAUUCUAGAAAUGUAGACAAAUUUGUGCUCAGAUGUCAAAUUUUGUGCAUGUACACAAAAACCUUUUAAGCGUGAACUUUACACAAAGCUCACAUUCUCCCUUUUUAAGUGCCUUUGACUAAAGUAAUCAAAUAUCCUUUCAGUAACUGUUCAAAGAGCUGUAUGUGAAACAAGUAUUUGAUUGAUACAUUAUUUUAAAAAAUCUUAAAGUUAAGAAACUGGCCACAGAUCUCUCUGUUCUAUUAAGAUCUGCAAUGGGGGAAAAAAAAACAAAAAGCAUCCAUGUGGAAUGUGGCUCGAGCUUUCUCUCCUCCUCUCAUCCUCCCACGUCACAGCUGAGCCACAGCGAUUAAUAAAGCCUCUUCAGACCACUAAACCAGACCAAAGCUGCUGCUGAGGCAAAAACAUAAAUCUACUAGUUUCGCACUUUUAGGAAAUUAUGAUUUUUUUUUUAUUUUUUUUUUGCAUUUUCAGACUCACACGGUGGCGCCAGAAAGACGCUCAAAACGUGAACUUUUAGUUAAGUAGCAACAGCAGACCACUGUCACUGUUGGUGCCACAGCAGUAGCCUCACUACAGUGUCAGCAAGUUAUGCCAAGUGAUCAGUCUACAGAAAAUUGAUGUAAAAAUGAAGUUUCUAUAAUUGAUGUUAAAAAAAAAAUGUUUGAUAAGAAUCGCCUACAUUUGUGACCAAGACACAACUUAAUGCUCUCUGUUUGUAAACUCGGAUAUUUGAUCGAGUAGCUUCUCCGUUUUGUAGCUUUUAAUGAUCUCACACAAUCCUGUUUGGCACAUAUCGGAAUAGAGGUUUAUUUUUCUGAGCAAUCAACUGUAGAUGAUAAUCUAGUAGCUGAGUGAAAUUGAAAGCUCCAGAACUCCAGCGAAGUGAAACAUUUUUGCCCCGAAUACAACCCAAAUACAAUUUAGCUGCUGGAUAAAUGAGGAAAAGUUCAGAUUUCCCAGUUGGACAUGUAUAAGUGAAGGUCCUGUAUCAUUCAGAAAGCUGUUGUCCUGUUUGUCCUCCUCUGGAGCCAGUAAGCACUGAGUGUAAGGACAGAAGCAGAGACGCCUGCUUCACACUGAUCGCUGUGUUUCUAUCAGCUGUGUGAGUAGAGUGCCUUGCUUAAAGGCACUUUAAAAAAAAAAAAAAAAAAAAAAAAUUCCCCCCCAGCAGGAUGCUCCUGUUAACAAACUUUUCUUUAAUCGUAAUUUGUUUGCCAAGCUGGUUUAUUUAUUUUUCUUGUUUAUUUUAUUUAAUGUACGGUACUCUCCUAAAAUGAAUGCACUGUUCCCAGAAUGCACUGUUCCCCCCCCUCCGAGCCAGGCAAAAAAAAGGUGAAGCUGGUCCUAAAUGCAGUCUGAUCAAUAGUUUCAUUUGUGGUCUUGCGGUUGGUUGGUGAAAUAAAUGAGUAAGUAAAUGUCAUUCACUUACAUUAGCACCUGAUGUUUGUUCCUAACAGCGUCUGUAGAUGGCUGAAUCACUGAUCAGUGAAUGGUUUCAGCUCAGAUCUGCUGUCAGGCUAAAUUCAGUGUACAGUAACAGAGAAAUUCCACAGUUCAGCAGCUUGAACCAGCAAACACCUGGAGUCUUCCCUUCAUAAGUGACCUUAACUGUCACUGGAUACCUGCAGGAGUACUUCACCUGUUAUGUUCAUUCUGUACUCUUGACUAAUGCUUCUGUCUGAAGUGAUAAUCCAGUGAUAUCAUUUAACGGGGUUCCACAUGCGAGUGCUCCUCCCACUUUGCUGAAUGCAUUUGUGUAAUUCUGAAUGCAGGACGUUGACAUACAGUUUAGUAUUUUUACACUCUCCAGCUGCAGAUUUGCCACUAAUUAACCUACUUAUCAAAACCAAAUGGACCAGCUCACCUUCAGCAUUUGUCAGCCGCCCGGCUUGUUUAGCUUCCUGUGGCCUUGCCUCGUGCACAAAUAUGUUUCUGUUUGUAGGAGCGUUUUUCUUUUCGUUUUGUUUGUGGACAUGUGGUUUUCUCUCUGUACCAGAGGAAAGAGAAGUUCAACUGUUUCACUGACAAAACCCAACUUGUGUUAAUCCUGUGGCUGAGCGGAGUUUGUGCGAGCGGUGAGCAAACUGCAAGAAGUCUGUGAUGAAGCAGCAUUUCUUGUCUGUGAUGCUUGAGGACCUUUACCCUGCACAUCGAUAAAGGGGAUGAAGCUAACCUUCCUGACAGAGACUGGAUUCCACCCGUGGAUGUUCAUUUUGUAGAGUCAAAGCAGAGCCGGCCUCGUGAUAUUUGAAGGAACUGAAUUAUUAGUUUUGGAGGGUGUUUAUUGAAAGCCCAACUUUACCUUUGGUGAAAAUGCCAGAAUUUCCUCAUAAUCUCAAAUGUAGUUGUCAUAAUUGUGGCUUUGUUUGUUUUUAUGAUUUUUGGUACAGUAAGAUAUUUUUGAAAUCCUAAAUUUAUUGGGCAAAAAUAUGUGAUUAUAUAAACUGUAAUCUAUGUUCUAUUCUGUUUGUGUGAUUUGGCUGAAUCUCAGAAUUUGUUGUAAUCCCAAAGUUUAUUCCAUCUUCAGGUGAUGGACAAAAUCACCAAACUCUAUGUAAUAAUACAGUAAUCUAAUAUUUUGUAAUUAUAAAUUAUGGGUUAAUAUGUGUUAAUCAUGCUUUUUUUUUUUUUUUUUUUGUAAUUUUUGACUCUUUUUAAUGAUUGGAGCAGCCAGCUCUGCUUUGUCAGCUCACAAGAUGACUAUACAUAUGCAUACAUGUGCAUAUACAUAUGCAUGUGCAUAUACAUAUGCAUGUGCAUAUACAUACAUGUGCAUAUACAUAUGCAUGUGCAUAUACAUACAUGUGCAUAUACAUAUGCAUGUGCAUAUACAUAUGCAUGUGCAUAUACAUACAUGUGCAUAUACAUAUGCAUGUGCAUAUACAUAUGCAUGUGCAUACACAUACAUGUACAUAUACAUAUACAUGCUAGAUCUCAGAGGAAACAGUCUUUCUUGACCAAGUAUGCAGUAUUUGAAUUGUGUAGCUGUAGCUAAACUCUGCCCCACACUUCAGUGCCUUCCUCCUCCGUCAUGUGGAAACUCAGCUCUGUGUAGUCAUGUUGUUUCUUUCACUUUGUAGAUAUAUAAAUAUGAGAAAACGAGAAGUUUCCUGUUUAAAAAAACAAAAGCAUUUUUUAAUCAUUUAGACUUCCCCUACUGUUGCUUUUUAGUCAUUUUUCAUUCCAAAUCACAGUCAGGAAUUAGAGCAGAUAAGGUGAACUGCUGUCAGGUUUUUCAUUUUUGUAAUCAAACCCUUUAUGAGUUCUGGUUCUUCAUUUGUGAAGCGUCACUCACCUUCAGUAUUUUUUUUAAUAUUUCUGCAGGGCUUUUUUGUUGGAUUUCAUCUGUCAUUGAAAAUGAGGCUUUUUUUUUUUC